GCUGGGGGCGGGGCGCCCACGACCCGGAAGCGGGGACGAACAGAGCGGCGCCCGAAAGAUGGCGUCGGCGGUGGCCGUGAGCAGCGCCAAGCGGAGCCUGCGGGCCGAGCUGAAACAGCGUCUGCGAGCGAUGAGCGCCGAGGAGCGGCUGCGCCAGUCCCGCCUCUUGGCCCAGAAGGUGAUGGCCCACAGUCAGUAUCAAAAGUCCAGAAGGAUUUCCAUCUUCCUGAGCAUGCAAGACGAAGUCGAGACCAAGGAGAUCAUCCAGGACAUUUUCCGGCGAGGCAAAACCUGCUUCAUCCCACGGUACCAGAUCCAGAGCAGUCACAUGGAUAUGGUGAAGCUGGCGUCGCCCGAGGAAAUCUCCUCGCUUCCCAGAACGUCCUGGAACAUUCACCAGCCUGGAGAGGACGAGGUUCGGGAGGAAGCCUUGUCGACAGGGGGACUUGAUCUCAUCUUCAUGCCGGGUCUCGGGUUCGACAGGCAUGGGAACCGCUUGGGGAGAGGCAGGGGGUACUAUGACGCGUAUCUGAAACGUCUGGAGCAGCAGGACGUGCGGCCCUACACCAUGGCCUUGGCCUUCCGAGAACAGAUCUGCCUGCAGGUCCCCGUGGACGAGAACGACAUGAAGGUGGACGAAGUCCUUUAUGAAGAGCCGUCCGUGUAAACCCUGACGCCUGCGGCCAAAGGCUUGUCCCCGAGAAAAGCCGAAUGUGUCCAUUUCCCCCUGUUAGGACAUCCAUGUGCAUACAGACUGCAGGCUUUCUAGUGUAAUUGCAAAACACACCUUCCCAAAUCAGGAGUAGAACGUGAAUAAAAAUGAGGCAGUGACCGUGUGA